GGGGGCGCGGCUGGCGUUGCCGUGGUGACCAGGACGCCGCCCGCCAGGGCGGGGAGCGGCCGGCGGGGCCGAGCACCGGGCUCUGGCCGGACCCUGCCGCAGGAGGGAGCUCGGGAGAGGAGACCACGGCCGGAGGCCACCGCUGGUGCCAGCAGCCUCUUCGUCAUCCCUCUGCCCCGCGCUGGCCCGCGCUGCUCAUGUCCCUGAAAAUGUCCUCCCGGGAGCGAGCAGCAGCCUCCAGGUCGCGAGCGGAGAAGUCCCGGCCGCCGCUCGUCGCUGCUCCCCAAGCGGAGCUCGUCCCCGGGCGCCUGACUGAGGCCGAGUGGCUCUCCCUGGUCGCCGCCGAGGACCGGGAGGAGGAAGCUGGGGACGUUUUGGCGGAGUUCUUGGACCACGUGAUGGACGAGUGCUACAAAGUCUACCUGGCUCGGCAGCGCGUGCCCUUCACCGUCAGCCAGGCGAAGGACGCCCUGCUGCAGAUCGCCGAGUGGCGCUUCCUGACGCGGGACGAGGGCGAGCCGGACGCGGAGGAAGAUGCCUCCUGGCAAGAAGAUGAGGAGCCUGAGCCCCGCGUCACGGAUUCCUGGGCACAGGGCUCCGUUCCGGUCCUGCGAGAGCGUCUGUCGCCAAGCCCGGACGAGACGGAGGUACGAGCGUGCGGGUCCUGCAGCUGGGGGGCUGCAGUCAGCGCCGAAAGCAGCAAUCUCUCCCUGGCUGCACGAGUCCAGGGCCCCCCCUCCGCCACGAGCACCCCGUGCUCUGAGCCGGGCUCGGGCACCGACGACCUCCUGCCCGAAGAGGCCGAGCCCUCCCUGGAGCCCCGCAGAGUGCCAUCGCUCCCCAGCCUGCCCCUGCUGCAGCACGAGCAGGUCCCCGUGCCCCGGCGCUCGAAGAGACGCUCUCCUCCGGACGGCCACGUCCCGCCCCCUCAGCCACGCUCCCUCUGCCAGGCCAGGGCAAGGCCUCCGCAGGAGCCCCGGGAGGGGCCGCAGGACUGGCCUGGCCCCCGGAGCGUGGGGGGGCCUCUGCGGGAGGCAGGGGAGGAGCUGCUGCAGCAGCCGCUCUGCCACGCGGACGCGGGGGAAAGCUCUGUGGGGAAGGGUAGCCGCCCCAAGCCUCCGUCCUCCAGCAACCUGAUAAAGAUCCAGAGCGGGGGACCCUCAUGCAGCAAGGACGGAAAAUACGAUAAGCUUGGGACGGCCCCAGGAAUCUCCAGGCUGGAGCGAGCCCACCGGCCCAAGCACUGGGUCCGGCCCCAGGUGGAGGUGCUGGACCCGGCCGCGGAAGCCAAGAGGCCCGGAGGUCCCCAGGCUGCCUCCCGGCGCGGUCGGCAGAGCCAGAAAUUUGGCAGCUGGGGAUCGGAGCUCAGCAGCUCCAAGCUCCUCCACGAGGUGGGAGCCGCGAGAGAAGAGCACCUCUUGCCACCUCCGAGGAAGACCCUGGAGCCCAGCAGCCCGGUGCCCUGGGAGCCGGGCGCCUGGCUGGACUCCAUUCAGCCGGUCCCUGGUGUGACCGUGAGGGACGGCGGCAGCGUGAAGCGAGGGCCCUGCCUCCCCGCUGAGGAGGAGGAGGAGGAGGCGGCCGAGAGGGACCUGAGACCCAUCCGCCUCACUGUGCCGGUCCCGGCCCUUGCCGUGGAGCAGGUCACAGGCCGCCGCAGUCCCCAGAUCCAGCACGUGUCCCCCAUGUCCGCCAGGCCACGGCAUCAGUGAGCGGCGCGUGGGGCGAGCCCCGGCUCGGGGCUGCACCGGCCCCUUCCCCGUCCCCCGGCCGGGCUGCGCGGCCGUGCGCCGCUGCUCAGCGCGUCCCACGUGCUGCGUUGGUGCUGCGUGUUCCUGGGGGCCGCAGCUAAGACCUCCCCGAAGCUCCUCCUGCAUCAGUCUGCUCUUCUUCCUCUUCUCCGAGGGACGCUGGCGAGACCCCGGGCUGCUCUCCUUGCGUCUCCCGGGGCCCGGUCUUCUCCUGCACAGACCCACCCCUUGCACGAGCCCAUGGUGGGACACGCUGCUCCGAGAGAAACGCCCGGUCCUGUGCCGGCUCCUCUGCCA